AUGGUACUCAAACUGAACCAACCCAUCUCCAUCGCCAAUAUCCGCCCCAUCUCCCUUACGUCCUGCGCCGGGAAACUGUUUGAACACACGGUCAACGAGCGGCUCACCAGACAUCUCGAGGUCAACGAUCACUAUCCGCACACCAUGUUCCGCUUCCGCCAGAUGCUCUCCACGCAGAAUGUCCUCUUCCAGCUAAAGGAAGAUAUUCUUGACCAUUUGAGCAAACACAGCAAGUCAUCUAUUCUAGCUCUAGACGUAAAGGGCACCUUCGAUAACGUGAGCCAUGAAGCCAUUCUCUGUAACUUAGAAGAUAUCGGCUGUGAUGCCAAAACAUACGCCUAA